AUGGCAGCUUCAGUGAAGCCUCAAGAUCUCGACGUUAAAGAGCUGGAAGUCACGUCAGCCGUGCUUAUGGGAGGAGCACAUCACUUUGGAAGCUACUGUGAGAAGCAGAAUGAAGCUUUCAUGGAGUGUCGACUGGAGCACAAAGAUCCAAGGAAAUGUCUCCAAGAAGGGAAAGCUGUAACACAAUGUGCCAUAAACUUUUUUACCAAGAUCAAAGGAAGUUGUAACGAGGAGUUUACGAAGUACUGGACAUGCUUGGAGUAUAAGAAUCAGACGUUUUCAAAGUGCGAGAAAACCCAGAAAGUGUACGACCAAUGUAUGCUUGAGAAGCUGAAUAUUCAGAAACAGAAACACGAAUAA